AUGUUAAGUAGACUCGUAGCCAGGUUCCGCGGAAAUAAUCAGGUGGGAGAGCCGACAAAAGAUGAAUCGGAUACGAUUGCAACACCUGCAGAAGAAAAGGAUAGUCAUGAAUGGGAUCGACCACUUGAAUUUAUUUUUUCUUUAAUUUCGAAUUCAGUUGGACUCGGCAAUGUUUGGCGAUUUCCCUAUUUAGCAGCGAAGAGUGGCGGUGGUGCUUUUCUAAUUCCAUAUUUCAUUCUAUACUUUCUCAUUGGUGCGCCUAUCUACUAUCUGGAAUUGGCACUUGGACAGUUCUCAAGCCGUGGACCGGCAACAGCUUUCAUACUCGCAAAAGGAUGGCAAGGUAAGACUUUUACAAGGAUAGUUAUUGGAUUGAUUUUUGGGAUGCCGCACUCACUAAUAGAUCAUCUUGAGGGAACGAGUCCUUUUAGAAUUUGGCAUAGUUCAUUAGAGUCUAUCAAACAUAAAUUGACUUAUUGACAUUCAGGUGUUGGCUUUGCAAUGAUAAUCAACAGUGUUCUUUGCAUGCUUUAUUACAAUGUAAUUAUCAGUUGGGCAUUAUUUU